CUUGGAGGCCCAGUCGCCCUGUCCAUACCAUUUUUAUUCCAACGACUCGCUAGGGUUUCUCUCAUCCGCCGAACAAAGAGUUACAGGGUUUUGAGACUCGAAGCACGCCUCUCUCUCCCCAGCUCUCGAUUCCUCUCCUGUCAGGUUUGUCUAAGAUGUUUACUUCAAGGAAGAAGAUUCACAAGGAUAAGGAUGCCGAGCCGACCGAGUUUGAAGAGUCGGUUGCGCAAGCACUUUUCGAUUUGGAGAACACUAACCAGGAGCUGAAAAGUGAGCUGAAGGAUCUAUAUAUAAAUUCAGCAGUUCAAGUUGAUGUUGCUGGAAACAGGAAGGCUGUUGUUGUCCAUGUACCCUAUAGACUGAGGAAGGCUUACCGCAAGAUCCAUGUUCGUCUUGUGAGGGAGCUUGAGAAGAAGUUCAGCGGAAAGGAUGUUAUCCUGAUUGCUACACGUAGGAUCGUGAGGCCUCCAAAGAAAGGUUCUGCUGUUCAACGGCCCCGCACUCGCACACUAACUGCUGUCCACGAGGCUAUGUUGGAGGAUGUUGUCUCUCCUGCUGAGAUUGUCGGAAAGCGCACCAGAUAUCGUCUUGAUGGGUCAAAGAUAAUGAAGGUGUUUUUGGACCCCAAGGAGCGAAACAACACAGAAUACAAGCUGGAGAGCUUCUCUGCAGUUUAUCGGAAGCUGUCGGGCAGAGAUGUUGUGUUUGAGUAUCCUAUUACUGAGGCCUAGAAGUAUUUUGUAAUAUGGCACCUUUUAAGAAACCUUUCCAUUUUUUGUUUUUAUUCUCUGAAAACUGGAUUUCGUCGAAGACAAUUUUAAAAUUUUGAUAUCAAGGACGUGAUCUUGUAUGCUUUUGUUAAGGUUUUGCUUGUUACUAUCAUGUUAAGGAUGUGCCUGUGUUUCAUUCAAAUGUUGAGUCUGUAUCAGGAUUUUGGACUGC